AAGAGGGAAGACAAAAUGCCUAUCAAAGGCUUCGGCUCACUGAAGGAAAGGUUUUUUACCCCAGGAAAGGAAGAGGUGAAGAACACCAUUAGUGACUCGCUGGGGAAUCUGAGAAGGAAAAUCGAUGGCACCCACACAGAGGAGGACCACAUUGAGCUGACAGAAGAGGGGCAGCCAGUGCAGGCGAGCCCCCGCGGGCUGGCACCCUGCGACUGCUCCUGCUGCGGGCUGCCCAAGCGCUACAUCAUUGCCAUCAUGAGCGGCCUGGGCUUCUGCAUCUCCUUUGGCAUCAGGUGCAACCUGGGCGUUGCCAUUGUGGAAAUGGUGAACAAUAACACUGUGUAUGUGAAUGGAAAGCCAGAGCUGCAGAAAGCCCAAUUCAACUGGGACCCAGAGACAGUGGGACUCAUUCAUGGGUCCUUUUUUUGGGGUUACAUUGUGACACAGAUUCCAGGAGGGUUCAUCUCAAACAAAUUGGCUGCUAACAGGGUAUUUGGAGCAGCUAUCUUUCUAACAUCCACACUGAACAUGUUCAUCCCUUCUGCUGCAAGAGUGCAUUAUGGCUGUGUGAUGUUUGUAAGGAUCCUGCAAGGUCUGGUGGAGGGUGUCACCUACCCAGCCUGCCAUGGAAUGUGGAGUAAGUGGGCUCCUCCCUUGGAGAGAAGCAGGUUGGCCACCACGUCCUUCUGUGGGUCCUAUGCUGGUGCAGUGGUUGCCAUGCCACUGGCAGGUGUGUUGGUCCAGUAUAUAGGAUGGUCCUCAGUCUUCUAUAUUUAUGGAAUGUUUGGGAUUGUUUGGUACAUGUUCUGGUUGCUCAACGCCUAUGAGAGCCCUGCUGCACAUCCAACAAUAACCAGUGAAGAAAAGACAUAUAUAGAAAUGAGUAUUGGAGAAGGAGCCAGCCUAGCCAGUGCAAGUAAAUUUAGUACUCCUUGGAAGAGGUUUUUCACUUCAAUGCCAGUUUAUGCAAUUAUUGUGGCAAACUUCUGCAGAAGCUGGACCUUCUAUUUGCUCCUUAUAAGCCAGCCUGCUUACUUUGAAGAAGUCUUUGGGUUUGCAAUAAGCAAGGUUGGCCUUUUGUCAGCAGUUCCUCACAUGGUCAUGACAAUCAUAGUCCCCAUCGGAGGGCAGCUGGCUGACUUCUUACGGAGCAGGAAGAUUUUAACCACUACCACUGUAAGGAAGCUCAUGAAUUGUGGAGGCUUUGGGAUGGAAGCAACCUUGCUUUUGGUGGUUGGCUACUCUCAUACAAAAGGUGUGGCUAUUUCCUUUCUGGUGUUAGCAGUAGGCUUCAGUGGCUUUGCAAUUUCAGGAUUCAAUGUGAAUCACUUGGACAUAGCCCCACGUUAUGCCAGCAUCCUGAUGGGGAUCUCCAAUGGCGUGGGGACGCUGUCGGGCAUGGUGUGCCCGCUCAUCGUUGGUGCAAUGACCAAACACAAGACCCGAGAGGAAUGGCAAAACGUCUUUCUGAUCGCGGCGCUGGUGCACUACAGUGGAGUGAUAUUCUAUGCUAUCUUUGCUUCUGGGGAGAAGCAGGAAUGGGCUGACCCUGAGAACCUCAGUGAAGAGAAGUGUGGCAUCAUCGACCAGGAUGAGCUAGCUGAAGAGACGGAGAUGAACAGCGAAUCUUUCGUAAGCCCAAGGAAAUCGUACGGUGCUACCAGUCAGAACUGUGAAGUCCAGAGAAGGGAAUGGAGAAAGCAAAAGCAAGCAGCCCAAGACAUGGAAGAGCAGACUUCUUACCACCAUGAAAAUGGACAUUUUCAAGAUUUGUCAUAAUACUUGAACUUGUAAAGUUUGUAUAGCAGCUACUCCCAUCCCUCCUAGCUGCCCCAAGUCAUCUGCUAUCCCUAUUUAUUGUCUUAUUCAAUCUGACCGUGUGGCUAGGUAUCAAGAGGUGGUAGUUGCCUUGUAACAGAAUGGAAGGAGGCUAACAAGCUAGGAGAAGUGAUAUGAAAUCCUUGCUCAGCCAUCAUACCUUCUUGAAAGUAGCUCCUGCACCCUCUAGAAGACGAGCCCUAGUAAGGCUCCUGCCUGGUUCAAGCCUCUGACUGUGUAGGAGCAAGAAGUCCUCUCAUCUUCUUGCUUGAACAGAGAAAGGAGAAGAUUGGACGAGACAGCUUGUCCACAGUGAUUAGAGAUAAUUCCUGGGCCUCCACUGGCAUGAAAAUCUGCCUUGGGUGGCAUUGCUUUGCAUGUUUAGCAUUCCUGUAGGUGGGCAUUUGAGCUGCUUUGACCUGUGUCAAACUGCAAGCUCAUGCUGAAAGGAAAGAAGAGUUUUGUGGCAGCAGGCUGCACCUCAUUGCUAAUGGUCACCACCAAACCAGGCAAAGGAACGUGUAGCAGAGGUGGCACAGCAUUGCUUUGCCAGUUCUUCCAAACUGAGUGCUGUCUGCUUCACAGGCAUAGCCCACAGAGUGGCUAAGGCAAUGAAAUGGAUACUUGUGAGAGUUAGCCCCUUCCAAAGAUUUUCUGCUGGCAUGAAAUAACUUUGAAUGCAAAAUCCUCAUUAGUGGUGCAAUACUGUCAAUUCUUCUGCAAGGAAACCUUGGUCCUGUUGGGAUUAGGUUUCUCACUGGAGUCAUUAGUGUGAAGUAACUUAAAUCUAUUUUUCUAGUACUGUACUGGUAGAGUUCCUGGCCUCAGCCCCAACAGUCCUCACUUAGGUGAAUGAGCUUACUCACACAAGCAAAGCCUUUAGUUCUGGAUCUGUAACUCCUCCACGCCUCAGUCUUGCUGGCACUACAAAGGAAGUACUGCCUAAGCUGAGAGUUAACAGAGUAGCUGUGUCUGACAGUAACCUCCCUUUGCCAGUAGUGUCUGUUUGGCAGUGUAAAGUGGCUGUAGCCUUUUUCUACCGAUUUUAGACCCAGUGGAGCAUGCUGCAACAGCUCAAGCGCUUAGCUGCAACUCAGAGACUCAUUGUGGCAGUAGUAUCCUUCUCAUGAUGGACAAUUUCAGUCAGCUGUGAUUUAAUUUGCCUUUCAUUAUGAUUG